AUGCGUGUUUCUCUCUUUACCGCCGCCCUCGCGGCUACUCCCAUUCUCGCCUACCCGGGCAUGAAGAGCACCCUCUCCGAAAUCCGUGCUCGUGCCGACCAAGAUGGAAACGGCGCCGAUGAGGGUGACUCCAACGAGCUCCUUGGCGACCUCGCCACUCUCGACGACUCGAAGCUCACCACUGUCGGCAAGAGCGUCAAGCAACUCCUCACCGGCUUUGACAAUCCGGAGAGCGACGAUGCCUACUCCACCUCCGCUCGCGGCGGGAACCUCGCCGCCAAGGGCUCCGCAGCUUGCGCCGCUGACACAUGCUGCAUUUGGAAGUACAUCGCCAACGAUCUUCAAGCCGUCUACAAGGGAAAGUCUGGUCGUUGCACCGAUUUCGCCCGCGCCGCUAUCCGUCUAGGAUUCCACGAUGCUGGUGGUUGGUCCAAGACCACCGGCACCCUCGGUGGCGCUGAUGGAUCUAUCAUCCUCGCUCCCGAGGAGAUGACUCGUGGAGAGAACAACGGUCUCCAGGAGAUUGUUGCACAGACUCAGGUCUGGUACAACCAGUACAAGCAGUAUGGCAUCGGUAUGGCCGAUCUUAUUCAGUUCUCUGCCAGCGUGGCCACUGUUGUCUGCCCUCUUGGACCUCGUAUUCGCACUUUCGUCGGUCGCAAAGACUCCACUGCCCCAUGCCCCAACAACCUUCUUCCUCCUGUAACCGGCUCCGCCGACUUCUUGAUCCAGCUCUUUGAGAACAAGACCAUCAAGCCCCACGGUCUCACUGCCCUCAUUGGCGCCCACACCACCAGCCAGCAGCGCUUCGUCGACCCCAGCCGCGCCGGCGACCCGCAGGACAGCUCCCCUGGUGUCUGGGACGUCAAAUUCUACAAGGAGACUCUCGGCUCUGCUCCCGCUCGUGUCUUCAAGUUCGCUAGCGACGUUGUGCUUUCCACGGACCCUCGUAUCAGCGCUGAGUUCCAAGCCUUUGCCGGCCAGGGCGGACAGUCCCACUGGAACGAAGACUACGCCCGAGAGUACAUUCGUCUUUCUCUCCUUGGCGUUUACAAUAUCAACGACCUGACUGAGUGCACCAAGGCUUUGCCUGCUCGCACCGGUAACACUUUCAAUGCUCCUGACCAGGCUGCCCUUGACAAGUGGCUUGCUACCAAGGAUCGGGUUGCCAAGAUUGCUGACGAACUACGGAACGGUGGCAACAUCAGCAGUCUCAUCAGCUCCGUGAUGGGAUGGUUGAAGGGUAUCUUCGGUCUCAGAUACUAG